ACAAACACGGAAAUACUGUGUAGUUAGGACGACGUCAACGUUGAGUCGCUGAUGCAGAUGUCAACAAUUUGCACGAUAGCUGAUUUGAUAUUCAUAGCGAAAUUACUCACAAUUUAGACACAUACCUAGCUAUCUAGAUAGUGCAUCACAUAUUCCGUUUUCAAUCUAUGGAGUUUUUGCAGUUUCUAUCAUGGGCGUGCAUCGUAUUUACAGUCGGGAUGUUCUCGACUGGACUGACGGACCUGAAGAAGAUGAGAGCUUCCAAAAGUGCAGAUAACGUCCAGUUCCUCCCCUUCCUCACCACAUGCCUCAAUAACCUGGGCUGGCUGUAUUAUGGGAUACUGAAGACGGAUGGGACUCUGGUCCUGGUUAACACCAUAGGAGCCUGUCUACAGUCCCUCUACAUCCUCUCCUACUGCCACUACACCAAUGACAAGAGGCGAGUGACCUCUCAGACGUUACUAGCAGGAGGAGUGGUCUGUGGAGGCUGGCUGUACUUCAGUGUUCUCCUGCCUCAGGGAGAGUCUCAGCUGGCCCAGCUAGGUCUCACCUGCAGCCUGUUCACUAUCAGCAUGUACCUGAGUCCACUCGCUGACCUGAUGGAGAUCGUGCGUACUGGUAGUGUGGAGCGUUUGUCCUUCUCUUUGACUGUAGCUACGUUCCUCACCUCAACAUCCUGGACGCUCUAUGGACUACAGCUGCAAGACUACUAUAUCAUGGUUCCAAACACGCCAGGCAUUGUGACCAGUCUCAUCCGGUUCUUCCUGUUCUGGAGAUUUGCAUCUGUCAAUCAAGGCAUGCAAUCCUAUAAGCUCAUCGAAAUCUAAGUGGCUGGAGACUCGCACACCAAUGGUUACAAGGGAGAGAGAUAACAGGCUUCUUGACCCUAUCAUGGUCAGGCUGUCAAUCACUGAUAUUGUUACUCAUAUUGUAAAUGAUUCAUGAUCACUCCUACCCACCAAGGGUUUAAGAAGACUUUCUCCUCUCAAGGCAGAAGCUGUCCCUAAUCACAGAUCUAGGAUCAGAGUAUCCUAGCAACGGGGGAUGAAAAAUUAUGAAUAAAUAUCUGACCCUGUAUCAGUGGUUAGGGGCAUCUUCCUCAUCUUUCUCCCUCCACCACUUCCUUUUAGUGCCUUCUGUCCUAGUCUGAGACAUCAUUAGUGCCACCUGAGAAAUCAACCAUGGGCGGGACAGUCCUGCCCUGUCAAUCACAGUAGUCUCUUUUACCCAGUGGGAGGUUUUUUGCUCAGCAUCAAUGUGCUGCUAUUGGUUGAAUCGCUCUAACUAACAGGGCAGGAUGAUCCCACCUCUAGUGGGGUUUGAGACCCCCUCACCUUUAUAGUUGACUUGUCUGUCCUCAUCACUAUGGUACCCUGUGAACUAGGGGUGAACAACUGUUCCUGGUAGCCACAGUAUCUGCUGGGUUGUUAUCCUUCUCUUUUAACUAGACUGAUGUACAGUGCAUUUGGAAAGUUUUCAGACCCCUUGAGUUUUUCCACAUUUUGUUACGUUACAGCCUUACACUAAAAUGUAUUAAAUUGUUUAUUUUCCUCAUCAAUCUACACACAAUACCCCAGAAUGACAAAGCAAAGAGAGGUUUAUUUUUUUAUUUUUUUGUACAUUUAUAAAAUUAAAAUAAAUGGAAAUAUCACAUUUCAGGUAUUCAGACCCUUUACUCAGUACUUUGUUAAAGCACCUUUGGUAGCGAUUACAGCCUCGAGUCUUCUUGGGUAGGACGCUACAAGCUUGUCACACCUGUAUUUGGGGAGUUUCUCCCAUUCUUCUCUGCAGAUCUUCUCAAACUCUGUCAGGUUGGAUGGGAACGUUGCCGCACAGCUUUUUUUAAGGUCUCUCCGGAGAUGUUAGAUCGGGUUCAAGUCCAGAGACUUCUCCCGAAGCCACUCCUGCAUUGUCUUGGCUGUGUGCUUAGGGUCAUUAUCCUGUUGGAAGGUGAACCUUUGCCUCAGACUGAGAACCUGCACCAGAGCGCUCAGGACUUAAUCAAGGAUCUCUCUGUACUUUGCUCAGUUCAUCUUACCCUCAAUCCUGACUAGUCUCCCAGUCCCUGCCGCUGAAAAACAUCCCCACAGCAUGAUGCUGCCACCACCAUGCUUCACCGUAGGGAUGGUGUCAGGUUUCAUCCAGACAUGAUGCUUGGCAUUCAGGCCAAAGAGUUCAGUCUUGGUUUUAUCAGAACAGAGAAUCUUGUUUCUCAUGAUCUGAUAGUCCUUUGGGUGCCUUUUGGCAAACUCCAAGCGGGCUGUCAUGAGCCUUAUACUGAGGAGUGGCUUCCAUCUAGCUACUCUACCAUAAAGGCCUGAUAGGUGGAGUUCUGAAAAAAGGUUGUUCUUCUGGAAGGUUCUCCCAUCUUCACAAAGGAACUCUGUCAGUGUUCUUGGUCACCUCCCUGACCAAGGCCCUUCUCUCUAGAUUUCUUAGUUUGGCCGAGUGGCCAGCUCUAGGAGGAGUCUUGGUGGUUCCAAACUUCUUCCAUUUAAGAAUGAUGGAGGUCACUGUGUUAUUGGGGACCUUCAACACUACAGAAAUGUUUUGGUACCCUUCCCCAUAUCUUUUCCUCGAAACAAUCCUGUCUCAGAUCUCUACGGACAAUUCCUUCGACCUCAUGGCUUGGUUUUUACUCUGACAUGCACUGUCAACUGUGGGACCUUAUAUAGACAGGUGUGUGCAUUUCCAAAUCAUGGCCAAUCAAUUGAAUUUACCGUAGAUGGACUCCAGUCAAGUUGUAGAAACAUCUCAAGGAUGAUCAUUGGAAACAGGAUGGACCUGAGCUCAAUUUCGAGUCUCAUCGCAAAGGGUCUGAAUACUUAUGUAUAUAAGGUAUUUCUGUUUUUUAUAGAUUUGCAAAAAUGUAUAUAAACCUGUUUUCACUCUGACAUCAUGGGAUAUUGUGUAAGCUUGAUGAUGAUUAUUAUUUAAUUAAUCCAUUUUAGAAUAAGGCUGAUAAUACUUUCUUAAAGCCCUGAAUACCUGGAUAACCAUACGUCUACGGUCUAGACUCGCUAGUCAAUCACUUAUAUGAAUGGGUCAGUUAAGUACCACGGAGAGAUGAAGCAGGACUGUGUUGGCGGAUUCACAGAAUCUGAAGGGAAUAAGAAGGAAAUCUGGAGCCCUCCAACCAGGAUUUCUGGAAAACCAGGGAAUGUAUUGAAAGUUCCUGUAAUUGUGCAGCCCUUACCCUAACCCUAUUCUAACACUUACCCUACUCUAACCCUAACCCUUACCCUAACCCUUACCCUACUCUAACCCUUACCCUAACCCAACCCUACUCUAACCCUAACCCUUACCCUACUCUAACCCUAACCCUAACCCUUACCCUACUCUAACCCUAACCCUUACCCUUACCCUAACCCUAUUUCUGGAAAACAAGGGAAUGUAUUGAAAGUUACUGUAAUUUUGCAGCCCUUACCCUACCCUAACCCUUACCCUAACCCUUACCCUAACCCUAACCCUUACCCUACCCUAACCCUUACCCUUACCCUAACCCUACUCUAACUCUAACCUUAACCCUUACCCUACUCUAACCCUUACCCUAACCCUUACCCUACUCUAACCCUAACCCCAACCCUUACCCUACUCUAACCCUUACCCUAACCCUUACCCUACUCUAACCCUUACCCUUACCCUACUCUAACCCUAACCCUUACCCUACUCUAACCCUAACCCUUACUCUACUCUAAGCAGACCUGGCAUGUACUCUACAUAAUCGGUACUUGUUCUCUAAAUCCAUGAAAUGAGGGAAGACUAAGAAUUCCAUUCUUAUUGUGUUUCAUACAAUGUUUUUAUUGGUUGUAUUUGGGUCAUGUGUCUUCGUGUGCAAAAUGUGUUUAUUUUAAUUUUUAUUGGUUUACGUUUGUCCAAACUAAAUAUACUGUAAGUAUAUUGUC